GCACAUCGUGUGCGCGCAGGACCCUUCCCUAGACUACAAGACAGUACCAAACCCAGCCUGGAGCCUGACGCAAGGUAGCGCACCCAGAGAACAGAGAGAGAGAGAGAAGAUGGACGGAGUGGGAUCGUUCGGAGCGGGCCUGGCGGGUGCUGCCUUCGACCCGGUUUCCUUCAUCAAGCAGCCGACCACCAUCCUCAGGGUCUUGUCCUGGGUAUUCUCCCUGGUGGUGUUUGCCUCUAUAGUGAACGAGGGCUAUGUGAACCUGGGCAGUGAACGUCUCCACUGUGUGUUCAAUAAGAACCCUGAUGCGUGUAACUACGGACUGUUCUGUGGUCUGGUGGGCUUGUUGCUGUGCUCCUUCUUCUUCCUGUUGGAUGUGAAGUUUCAACAGAUCAGCUCUAUUAAGGACAGGAAGAAGGCUGUGAUGCUGGAGGUCGGGGUUUCAGGUUUCUGGACGUUCCUGUGGUUUGUGAGUUUCUGUUUCCUGGCCAAUCAGUGGUCUAGGACCGCCCCUGAGGACCUGCCACUCAACCAGGGGGCUGACGCAGCCAGGGCCUCUAUCGCCUUCUCAUUCUUCUCCAUCCUCACCUGGGCUGGUCUGACAGUGCGUGCAGUCCAGAAAUAUCUCCUGGGAACAGACAUGACCCUCUUCACCACCGACCAUCUGGACGGAGUCGCCCCGGUAACACCAUACCCCCCCACCACCACCGGGGGCGCCAUCGAGCCCAGCGACAACUACCAGAGCCCCCCGUUCACAGAAGGGCUGGAAGCCCCUGCCCCCACAUACCAGGUCCCCAUAUACUAGUCCCUCCCUGUCCUCCAUAUACUAGUCCCUCCCUGUCCCCCUAGUCCCUCCCUGUCCUCAUAUACUAGUCCCUCCCUGUCCCCCUAGUCCCUCCGUGUCCUCAACUCCCUGUCCCCAUAUACUAGUCCCUCCCUGUCCCACAUACUAGUCCCUCCCUGUCCCCAUAUACUAGUCCCUCCCUGUCCUCAUAUACUAGUCCCUCCCUGUCCUCAUAUACUAGUCCCUCCCUGUCCCCCUAGUCCCUCCGUGUCCUCAACUCCCUGUCCCCCUAGUCCCUCCCUGUCCCCAUAUACUUGUCCCUUCCUGUCCCCACAUACCAGGUCCCCAUAUACUAGUCCCUCCCUGUCCUCAUAUACUAGUCCCUCCCUGUCCCCCUAGUCCCUCCGUGUCCUCAUAUACUAGUCCCUCCCUGUCCCCAUAUACUAGUCCCUCCCUGUCCCCUAGUCCCUCCGUGUCCUCAUAUACUAGUCCCUCCCUGUCCCCCUAGUCCCUCCCUGUCCCCAUAUACUAGUCCCUCCCUGUCCCUGCUGGAAGUGCUGAAGGGGACCUAGUUACAUGUACAGUCCCUCCCUGUCCCCAUAUACUAGUCCCUCCCUGUCCCUGCUGGAAGUGCUGAAGGGGACCUAGUUACAUGUACAGUCCCUCCAUGGUAAUGUUUUUAACAGGAUAUUCUGUUCUUGGGUUCGGUGUUAUCUGCAUGUUCUGUAAGACUGACUAAGUGCCAAACUGUCUUGUGUGUCUGACAGUGACUGUAGAUAGUAACUUUCACCACUAUGAUGUUAUAACGUGACCAAGUGUAAUAUCUCCCUCCACCCAGUAGCCACUCUGCCGACCAGUCAUACACUAUUCCCUAUGUAUUAAUGAUGGCCAUCGGAGCCUUUACCACCAGUGCACUUUGUCAGGUAAUAGUGGUUUCAGAUGCGCCCUAAACUAAUGUGUGCAAACAUCACGGAAGAUUCUGGCUUGUUUAUGUUUACAUUCUAGAAGUGGUUUGUUCACAUUUAGAAGCGGUUUGUUUACGUUCUAGAAGUGGUUUGUUUACAUUUAGAAGCUGUUUAUGUUCUAGAAGCGGUUUGUUUACGUUCUAGAAUCUUUUUAUGUUUCUUUUCUAGAAGCUGUUUGUCAUUCUGCAAGCUGCCAAACUGCCCUGCUAGUUGUCUUCCUUCACAGGGCAUCAGUCAGUCAGCUACUCAGAGAUAAACUAGACAUACCAUGAUGGCUCUUUAUUACUGUAUAUACCCUGGGUCUCUCUAAAUCUGCUCUGUGAAAUACAACCGUGCCCAUUGUUACCAUGGUGACAACACACCUACACCCACACACACUCACUAGUGAACCUCACUGCCCAGUGUGUGUGUGUGUGUGUGUGUGUGUGUGUGUGUGUGGUAUUUGUUGUUUCAGGUCUGAAGAAAAAGACAAGUAAAGUGUUCUUCUUCUGUUGGUGGUGUUCCGGAACAGAGGUGUUCCGGAACAGAGGUGUUCCGGAACAGAGGUGUUCCGGAACAGUCUGUUUCACCAUCUUGUACAGUGUCUCUAGGUGAAGCCUAGACAUUACAUGUCACUGUCUGUAUUGACAGUCAUAUUACAUAUUAUAUUACAAUUCAAGAGGUUGUGUGUUUGUUGAUAUAACAGUCAACAGAUGAAUAUAAUGCUGAAUAUAACUGACCUCCAGAAAGCCUUGUCUGUGGUGCCAUCUGGUCCUUGUAACACUAGCGGUGUAACAGCGCCCUCUAGCUGCCGAGGGACUCAAGCUUUUAAUUAAAGGCCCAAUGCUGCA